UGACCACGCCUCCUCCUCCCGCGCAGAGCAUUCUGGGAGCGGCUUCCUUGGAUUCCUCCGUUGCCAACCACACAAAGCUGACCCGUGGGCUUCGCCUCCCCCUUUCUGUCCCUGCCGUUUCCCGGGAAAGCUGCUGCUUCUUCCCGCCUUUCCCGCGGGGAAUUCCGCCCCUUUCCCCGGGAGGUAGGAGGGGUACAGAUGAUGCAAAAUGUGCACCUGGCUCCAGAGACAGAUGAAGAUGAUCUUUAUUCCGGUUACAAUGAUUAUAAUCCAACAUAUGAUACUGAGGAACUGGAAAAUGACACAGCAUUUCAGCAGGCUGUAAGAACUAGUCAUGGCAGAAGGCCUCCAAUAACUGCCAAAAUACCCAACACAGCAGCAACUCGACCGAUAGCCACUGGAUAUGGGUCUAAAACAUCAUUGACAUCAUCGUUGGGGAGGCCAAUGACAGGGGCCAUUCAGGAUGGAGUUGCUCGCCCUAUGACAGCAGUGAGGGCAGCUGGUUUCACGAAAGCAGCUUUAAGAGGUUCUGCUUUUGACCCUCUUGGUCAGUCUAGAGGCCCUGCUCCUCCAUUAGAAGCCAAAAAUGAAGACAGUCCAGAAGAAAAGAUUAGACAAUUAGAAAAAAAAGUAAAUGAGUUGGUAGAAGAAAGCUGUAUUGCCAACAGUUGUGGAGACUUAAAAUUGGCCCUAGAAAAAGCAAAAGAUGCAGGAAGAAAGGAGAGAGUGCUGGUGAGACAACGUGAACAAGUGACAACUCCUGAAAACAUCAACUUGGACUUAACUUACUCGGUUCUUUUCAAUUUGGCCAGUCAGUAUUCAGCUAAUGAAAUGUAUGCUGAAGCACUAAACACAUAUCAAGUUAUAGUGAAGAAUAAAAUGUUUAGCAAUGCAGGAAGACUGAAGGUAAACAUGGGAAAUAUUUAUUUAAAACAGAGGAAUUAUUCCAAAGCCAUCAAAUUCUAUCGAAUGGCUCUAGACCAAAUUCCAAGUGUCCAUAAAGAGAUGAGGAUUAAAAUAAUGCAGAACAUUGGUGUUACAUUCAUUAAAACUGGUCAGUACUCAGAUGCUAUUAAUUCAUUUGAACAUAUAAUGAGCAUGGCCCCAAAUCUGAAAGCAGGCUUUAAUUUGAUACUGAGCUAUUUUGCUGUUGGAGAUCGGGAAAAAAUGAAGAAAGCUUUCCAAAAAUUGAUUGCUGUGCCAUUGGAAAUUGAUGAAGAUGACAAAUAUAUUUCACCAAGUGAUGAUCCUCAUACAAAUUUAGUAAUUGAAGCUAUAAAAAAUGAUCAUCUAAGGCAAAUGGAACGUGAAAGGAAAGCCAUGGCAGAAAAAUACAUCAUGACAGCAGCUAAACUCAUUGCUCCUGUAAUAGAAACGUCAUUUGCUAUAGGAUAUGAUUGGUGCGUUGAAGUAGUGAAAGCUUCUCAGUAUGUAGAACUUGCAAAUGAUCUGGAAAUAAAUAAAGCAAUUACCUACUUGAGGCAAAAGGACUUCAACCAAGCGGUAGAAACUUUAAAAAUGUUUGAAAAAAAAGACAGUCGAGUUAAAAGUGCAGCUGCAACUAACCUUUCAUUCCUUUAUUACUUGGAGAAUGAAUUUACACAAGCCAAUAGUUAUGCAGAUUUAGCUGUGAACUCGGACAGAUACAAUCCCUCAGCUCUCACUAAUAAGGGAAAUACUGUUUUUGCAAAUGGAGAUUAUGAAAAAGCAGCAGAAUUUUAUAAGGAAGCUCUGAGAAAUGACUCCUCUUGUACUGAAGCACUUUAUAAUAUUGGCUUAACAUAUAAGAAGCUAAACCGCCUAGAUGAAGCUUUGGAUUGUUUCCUGAAACUUCAUGCAAUCCUACGAAACAGUGCCCAAGUUCUUUACCAAAUAGCAAAUGUAUAUGAAAUAAUGGAAGAUCCUAACCAGUCUAUUGAGUGGUUGAUGCAGUUGAUCAGUGUGGUUCCAACUGAUUCUCGUGCUUUAUCUAAACUAGGAGAACUAUAUGAUAAUGAAGGUGAUAAAUCCCAAGCUUUCCAAUAUUAUUAUGAGUCAUAUAGGUAUUUCCCUUCUAACAUUGAGGUUAUUGAGUGGCUUGGAGCCUAUUACAUUGACACCCAGUUUUGUGAAAAAGCCAUUAAGUAUUUUGAAAGAGCUGCUCUUAUUCAGCCUACUCAAGUGAAAUGGCAGCUAAUGGUAGCUAGUUGCUAUAGGAGAAGUGGUAACUACCAAAAAGCUUUAGAUACUUAUAAGGAGAUUCACAGAAAAUUUCCAGAAAAUGUUGAAUGUCUACGCUUCUUAGUUCGCCUCUGCACAGAUAUUGGACUAAAAGAAGUUCAAGAAUAUGCAACAAAACUCAAGAGAUUGGAAAAAAUGAAGGAAAUAAGGGAACAGCGCAUAAAGUCUGGCAGAGACAUCAGUGGCAGUGCUCGUAGCAAAAGAGAGGGAAGUUCGGGCAGUGGAACAUAUGAUCUUAGAACUGGAAGGGACCUUAAAGGUCAUCAGGUCCAACCUCCUCAUUUCACAGACAGUGGCCAGAAUUCUAGUUCCAGUAGCAAAGGUGAGCGUCUGAGUGUCAAAUUACGAUCUUUACCUGGGACAAAUGAACCAUAUGAAAGUAGCAGUAACAAAGAAAUAGAUGCCUCAUAUGUGGAUCCUCUAGGUCCACAAACAGAAAGACCAAAAACUGCAGCCAAAAAAAGAAUUGAAGACGAUGACUUUGCUGAUGAAGAAUUAGGAGAUGACUUGCUUCCUGAAUAAUAAGUAUUUUAAAGUUAUUUACUAUAGAUAAGUCUCCUUAAAAGAAAACAUUUAAUGUUAAUUUUUGAUAAAAUACCUUAUAUUUAAUUUUGUAUAUUGUCAAAUUUGAUGAAAUUCAAAACUUAAAUAAAACUACUCCAUAAGUCAAUGAGCUUCUUCACUAAGUCACAUAUGGGGGUAGAGGAGAGAUGUUACUUUACUUUUCAAAAUAUCUAUAAUGAGGCCUUAAUAAGUUUAAUUGUUAGGAGUUUGAAAAAAAAAAAAAAGGCACUGAACAUAUUGCCUGAUAGAAAUUUAAAUUUUGUUAAAUCAGCAUUUUAGAGUCUCACACUGAUAAGGAGUGACAUGCUCAAUAGAAGGUCCAUCACUGAGACUUGUAAUUUCUUUGAGUGUUGUAGAAUUUUACAGUUGAAAAAGACAAAUAGAGAUCUUUAAAUCCAGCCCUCUCAUUCUGCACUAGAAAAAGCAGGACAUUGGAGAUGAAGUAACUUGCCAUUCUCAGAGAGAGAGAGCUGGGAUUUGAACAAUGGCCUUCUCAGUCCUCCUAGAACUCUCUCUACUAUAACCAAGGUCUCAGACUGGCUUCUACAAGACAGCAUGUAGCAUUAUGACCUUCCUGAGUUAGGCCUGAACCAGAGUAAAUUAUAAUUGAGACACAUGUAACAAAAUAAAUAAAAAUACAAGAAAAUACCGAUAUUACAUUUUAAAAUUAAAAAUGAGAAAAUUUUUCUUUGAUGGUAGUUUUAUGAUUAUAAAAAUGAACAAUUUAUUAUUUUGUUUACCAAUUCUUGUUUGUUAGUAUUAGCUAGCAGUGGCUAUCGUUGAUCAUAAAAGAAUAAUUUCCCCCUCUCAAAUACGUUGUUACUGGUAAUUUUGAAGGAGGCAAAAGCAGAGAUAAGAAUAGGAGGGAAGGAGGUAAUUUGCCCAACAAGAAUUUGAUUAUCUGCCAAGAAAAAGCUCAAAGUUGGAUAGUAAAGAGAAAUGAUGGAUAGGAUGGAGAUCCAGCUUGACAGAAAAAAGUUUAAAGCACAAGAGUUCAGAACCUUACAUACAAACACAUGAAAAAAAUGAGAAAAAUACAAUUCUAGAAAUGUUGCAGUUCACAACCAAACUCCUAACUUUGUAACAGAUGUUUUCAGUGAAAGAAGAAAAACAUUAUGCAGAACUUUGGAUAUUGUUAGUAUUUGACAGACUGUUAGUAUUAAAAAAAAAAUAGAAAUGUCUAUUUUUCUUUUGUUUGGUAGUUAUUGUGGUUGCAUUGUAAAUUCUUAAUUUUCAUUUGAUUAAAGUGCUAUAUGGCACUCUA